GUAAACAGCUGUUGUGUGACGUGAUGAUUGUGGCAGAAGAUGUGGAGAUAGAAGCCCACCGUGUGGUCCUGGCAGCCUGCAGCCCCUACUUCUGUGCGAUGUUCACAGGUAAAAACCAGAAACUGUGGGCAAGCAAAAAGUAAAAAAUUACGUGUACUACAACAUCUAGGUAAGAGUAUGGUUUAUAUCUUUUUAGAUUUUAUAUUUAUAAAUGUAUACAUAUACAAAAUAUAUAUUUUAACAUAAGUUCAUUUAAUGUGUACAGUUGAAUAGUCUUUUUUUUUUUUUUUUUUUGAGACAGAGUCUCACCCUUUUGCUCAGGCUGGAGUAUAGUGGUGCAGUCUCAACUCACUGCCACCUCCGCCUCCUGGGUUCAAGUGAUUCUUGUGCCUCAGCCUCCUGAGUAGCUGGGACUACGGGUGUGUGCCACCAUGCCUGGCUAAUUUUUGUAUUUUUAGUAGAGAGUGGGUUUUGCCAUGUUGGCAAGGCAAUCUUGAACUCCUGGCCUCAAGUGAUCCACCUGCUUCGGCUCCCAAAGUGUUGGGAUUACAGGCAUGAGCCACUGCUCCCAGCCUAAAUAGCCUUUUUUGAUGUAUGUAUUUUUUUUUUAAUUGCUAUUCAUCUCCCUGGAAUGUUCUCUCCUCCAUCUUUUGGCCUGUCUGACUCCCGUUCAUCCUUCAUUACUGCUUAAGCAUCACUUCCUCAGGAAGGCCUUUUAUGACCUCUUUGGCUUAGGUUAAAUUCCUUUGCUACUUACUCCCAUGGUACUUUAUACUUCUCUUUAGUAUUACUACUCAUCUUAUUACUUCCUCAAUGUUUGAUUUCCCUGGCCAAUCAUACGCUUUAUAAGGGUAAGAACUAUACCUUUAAAAUUCACCACCAUGUCCCUGCUGCCUAGCAUGGUCUUCCAUAUAGCAGGUGAUCAAUAAAAAUUUGUUUAAUUGAGCUUAGCAAUAUAUAAUGAAUAUCUUUCCAUGUCAAUGAAAUUGCAGUUACAACCUAAUUUUAAUGCCUUCAUAAGAUUCCAUUAUAUAGACUCUAAUUGAAAAUUCAUUUCCUUCGUUGGAAAUUAUAGUUUUAUGUAAUAUUUUGUUAUUAUAAAUAAUGUUAUAAUGGGCAUUCUUGCAUCUUAAUCUUUAUGUACAUUCCUGAUUAUUUUACUAGAAUAGAUUCCUAGAAUAAGAAGUACUUGAUUAAAAGGUAUGCACACUUUGAAGACUUUUGAGACAUGUGCCACAUUGAUCUAAAGAACAGUUGUACCAGCUUAUGCUCCCAUCAGCAAGAUAUCUAAGAUUUAUAUAUUUUUAAGGCCCAUUGGCUUUGCCUAAACCUUGGUAAACAGAUACUAAAAAUCUCCAGUAACAUUGCAAAAUUUUGUUCUAAUUAUCAGGUUCAGCUUCAAAACGUGUAAAAUGCAUUGUGUGCUGAGAGUAAGAGGCUGACUCUCGUUAGAUCCAUUUCUAUCAGUAUGUUUAAAGCCAAAAGGAAAGUAAAAUACACAUGGCUUUCUUCUGACUUGAGUUGUGUGAUUAUGGUCUUUUACUCAAGCUUAAAUGUUUUUAUUUGUUUGUCUUCCGAGUUCAUGUUGCCCAAAUGUCCUGAGGUGGUUCCAAAUACCAAUCCCACACUUCUUGACCAUUGUCCUGUGGACAAUAACUUGGAAUAAAUGUGAAACUGAAGUCUGAGUGCCCAUCAGAGAGUGUCCCAAUCCAACCAGUCUAUAAGAAGAUCUGGGGUGACAUGUCUGAGAGUAAAGCCAAAAAGAUAGAAAUCAAGGACGUGGAUGGGCAGACGCUGAGUAAGCUGAUUGACUACAUCUAUACUGCUGAAAUCGAGGUGACUGAAGAGAAUGUCCAGGUGCUGCUCCCGGCAGCCAGCUUGCUGCAGCUCAUGGAUGUUCGGCAGAACUGCUGUGACUUCCUGCAGUCUCAGUUGCAUCCCACCAAUUGCCUGGGCAUCCGUGCGUUUGCAGAUGUACACACCUGCACUGACCUUCUGCAGCAGGCCAAUGCCUACGCAGAGCAGCACUUUCCAGAGGUGAUGCUAGGAGAAGAAUUUCUUAGCCUGAGUCUGGACCAGGUGUGCAGCUUGAUAUCCAGCGACAAGCUGACUGUUUCUUCAGAAGAGAAGGUGUUUGAAGCUGUGAUCUCAUGGAUCAAUUAUGAGAAAGAAACCCGUUUAGAGCACAUGGCAAAGCUGAUGGAACAUGUCCGACUUCCUCUCUUACCUAGGGACUACCUAGUCCAAACGGUUGAAGAAGAAGCUUUGAUAAAGAAUAACAACACCUGUAAAGACUUCCUCAUUGAGGCCAUGAAAUACCAUCUCCUCCCUCUGGAUCAGAGGCUAUUGAUUAAGAACCCAAGGACCAAGCCCAGGACUCCAGUCAGCCUUCCCAAGGUCAUGAUUGUGGUUGGCGGCCAGGCACCCAAGGCAAUCCGCAGUGUGGAGUGCUAUGAUUUCGAGGAGGACCGGUGGGAUCAGAUUGCUGAGCUUCCUUCCAGAAGAUGCAGAGCAGGUGUGGUGUUCAUGGCUGGCCACGUGUAUGCCGUGGGAGGGUUUAAUGGCUCACUGCGGGUGCGGACAGUGGAUGUGUAUGACGGCGUAAAGGACCAGUGGACGUCCAUUGCCAGCAUGCAGGAGCGCCGGAGCACACUGGGCGCAGCAGUGCUCAAUGACUUGCUCUACGCAGUGGGAGGCUUUGAUGGCAGUACUGGCCUAGCAUCGGUGGAAGCCUACAGCUACAAGACCAACGAGUGGUUCUUUGUGGCCCCGAUGAACACGCGGCGGAGCAGUGUGGGUGUGGGCGUUGUGGAGGGGAAGCUAUAUGCUGUUGGGGGUUAUGAUGGAGCUUCCCGCCAGUGUCUGAGCACUGUGGAGCAGUACAACCCAGCGACCAAUGAAUGGAUAUACGUGGCGGACAUGAGCACCCGCCGCAGUGGCGCAGGGGUUGGAGUGCUUAGCGGACAGCUGUACGCCACAGGUGGGCAUGAUGGGCCUUUGGUGAGGAAGAGCGUUGAGGUUUACGAUCCUGGAACAAAUACCUGGAAGCAAGUGGCAGACAUGAACAUGUGCCGGCGCAAUGCAGGGGUCUGUGCAGUAAAUGGGCUCCUGUAUGUGGUUGGAGGGGAUGAUGGAUCCUGCAACUUGGCUUCGGUGGAGUACUACAAUCCUGUCACUGACAAAUGGACGCUGCUUCCAACGAACAUGAGCACGGGGCGGAGCUAUGCAGGUGUUGCCGUGAUUCACAAGUCCUUGUGACCCAAACUCCCACUGCCAGGAGGUGGAGGAAGGAGCAGGUGCUGCCUGUGACUCUGAACAGCAGGACCUUGGUGACUGGAUUCAACUUGCUUGGGAGGGUCUGUGCUGCUGUGAGAACUGCUCUCCUCUGACUUGGCAGACUGGUGGUGUUCAUUGCAGUGUGGACACCAUUACCCACCCCCACUCCCCUGAGGUGCUCUGGCCUAUGCCCUGAGCAAGGGGGGUCUUGACAUCCCCAGGCAGCACCUUUGGGCUUUGUUUUGGUGUUUCUACAGGGACAAUACAGACCCUGGAGUGUGUGUGUAUGUGUGUGUAGACCAUGGUGUUUCUCUAUGUUUCUCUAAGUUGGGGGGUGAGCGUGUAUGACAGUCUACUGGAUUUCUUUACUACUGAUCCUUUCGCUGUGUUAAAAAUCAAGUCACAGAGACCUCUCUUCUGGAUUUGUCCCAUGGGGACCCUGAGACGACUAAAGCUGCUUUCUUCUGAAGGUCCAGUUGGACAGUCUGGGAAUGUCCAGAAAUAACCAGUGAGAGGGGCAGUUCUCUGGCCACACCCACUUAUGUACUUUAACUACUGUGACUUUGUCUGCAGAAGAGCUGGAAAAUUCUCAAAGCUGCACCGUGUCCUCUGUGUGCUAGAGUAAGGGACAAAUGGGUUCCCUGUGCUUCUCAGCUCGCUGUUUUUCCUUGAGUUCUCCUACAGGAAGCAGAUGAGAACUGCCCAGUCUUCAGGUUUAGGCCAUUGGUCUUUGAUGUCAUAGAUUCCAGGCCUGGGAGAUGUUAAUGUCUCUUCAACUGGGAAAACUAGCUCUUCAGAGAAGCCUCGGGUAACACUGAAAAACAAAACAAAACAAAACAAAAAUAGGAAAAAAACAAAAAACCAAAGUGGUAAGGAUUCAGUUCUUGCCUAUAAUGGUCUCAGAGAGGGUCCUACUUUUAGGUUUUCCCAGGACAGGACAGUCCCCAUUUAUACUUAUUAUCCCGGUUUAAUUAUUCACAGCACCCCAUUUUACUCAGAAGUGUUCUGGUCUGGAGGAUAAAUAAGAGGUCACCCUCCUCCAGACCCAAAGAUAGAUUUGUGCCUGUGUUGGAUGGGGUCGUGUGUGAUUCAGAUGGACAUUGGAUGGCUUCAAAGGAAUAUACCACUAAAGCUGGCCCUUGGCACUUUGUGACAGUGGUCAAGUCUGUCUAAUGUCCUUGUCUUCUUUUUCUUGUGCUUUCCCCCUAUUCCAGGGUGUGCACCCUCUCCCCAACCCCCAAGAACCCCACUACUGCUUUCCCUGUGAGGUAGGAGAUAUCAGUGGGCCCUGGAUUUGAGGCCUCCUAAGAUGUGCUUGCAUUUUAAAAAGGGAGCUUGGUGAGAGCUUUGCUAAUUCACAGGUAAAAAUUAUUAACGAUAGAACUUCAAGCAUCUUGAGGAGUGGGCAUUUGAGGGGGCAUGGAGUAAUUUGUAUUUAAAAAACCUUAAAGUUUUGCUGUUCCUAAACUAGCAAAUUGCUCAUGCUGGAAUUUCUGGCAUAAGCAGGGGAAGUCUUGUGUCUGGAGAAUAGUCUCAUACCUUGCAGUCUGGGACACCCUCCCUACUUUGAGAAUCCACCUACAGGAAGCCAAGGAACUUUAUAAAUCCUGAUGUUGGACUUCUGAUACGACUGGGCUACUUCCAAGCAGGUGCUGCAGGAGAUUGGCAUCCCCCAGCCCCUGCAGUUAGAAACCCCGAAGUCUUCCCAGCCAGUGAGCCACUUUGUGUAUUUACUGUAUAUUUAUUGUGCCCUAAAUGUGCAACUCUCCUAAAGACAAAACUUCUCUUUCUGAUGUUAAGCACAUGUUACUUCAACAAGAUGCUUGGAGAACAACAAGGUACCCAGAAUUUUUAGAAGCCUUCAGAAGAGGCUAAAAUAUCCAGCUUUGGGGGACCUGGAAGAAAUGUCUCCAAAGGAAGCAAGGCAUGUUUUAGUUGAGUGCUCUGGUCUCACUAUGAAGUGGGGAUGACUGUGGCUUCGUAACUCUACCUGGCUGUGGGUUGGAAGCUGAUGGAAUGAGAAAUGUCCUUUCUCCUUCUCUGAGGAAAUUUUGAGACUUGUUUCGGUGUGUCUGUGUGAUGGGGAUGAGGCUAGGGUUGGGAUCUGAUGUAUGCCAUUCACAGAAGCUCUCAAUUUCAGAUGAUAGGUGAAUUCCCCGCCCCUCCCCCACCACUGAGAAGCUAGACUUUCAUGCUGGAGAGGCUAUUUUUUAUGUGUCGUCUUCCGGGGAAGGGUCCCUCCACUGAAAGCUAGCCAGUCAUGUUUUCUGUUUUUGGAUUUUUGCAAUUGGUUUCACCUCAUGUCUCCCUUCCUACAAAGCACUGCCUCUACUGGGCGUGCUGCCAAGGCCAUGUGCACUCCAUCCUCAUGUGUCCUUUUUCACGGGGACCAGAACACUGGUACGUCAUCACCAAAGCCAAUCUGCUCUAGCUGCCCACAGAUGCCACCAAAACCUGCUAUCUCUUCAUCACCAGGUACGAUUCUUUUUCCACAGUGGACACAGCAGGCUAUUUUCUAGUUUGUGCUGGUCACGUGGUAGAUGAAGCCUCUUACUGCCCCACUUAGGGUGGCCACGGCUGCUUGUGAAUGCAGCUUUGCCAGUGGCAUAUCUGUCAUCUGAUUGCGGUGGUGAAAUGGAAUUGAGGCCCAAGGUUAGAAGCAGCCGAGACGCCACUUGGAUACUGAUUUGAACAAUGUAGAAGUCAGAUUCUGAAUUCCAAAGUUAUUUCUCAUAAGUACCCAAUGGCAUCUCUCCAUCUACAAAGUUGCAGUAUUAUGCAAAUAAAACUGACCUCAUUUUCUGCUAUGCAAUAAGAAUACUUAAUUCUAGUUCCCGACAAGCCAGUUGCAAUAUCCCCUAAGAUGCUUUUUGAGCUGUCUUACUUUGAUAUCUGUUGUGUAAUGUUUGUAUAUUUCUGAGCCAGAUCCUUUCAAAGAUUGCCUUUUUAUAAAAUUGAAGCUAUAGCUUUUAGGCUAAAAUUUUAACGUAGAUAUUUUUAUAAGAUAUUUUUUUCAAGAUGUUUGAAUCGCUUUUUAUUGUCCAUGAUAAUGAAAUGUUGUGUUCUUUGCAUCAUUCACUCUCAAACAUAGUUCAUGCCUGUAGCUCUCUUCCUUUUGUUUCUCACCCUUCAGAAACAUAUUUUUCAGUAGCUCCAGGUAGAUGAGCCUUUUUUUUUUUUUAAAAUACCAUAUUCAAGGGAGUCUGCUGAAUUUUAAAACGCAGUCACUGGUGUUUCUUGAAUUGCUAGGGACUGAUGUUAUGUUCGACUCAGCACUUGCCCGUCUGUAUUGAUUGUGUCUUUUUUUUUUUUUUUUUUGGAGUCUGCUUUCUGUGGGGGUGAGGCCGGGCUGUCUCAUGGUGGCUCCCACUGACGGGCACUGAGCCUGGCACCCUGUGGCAUGGAGAAGCCUCAGGGAAAGGCCUGCCCCCCCAGCACAUACUCCCAUAGUGUCCUAGGUCCAGCCGACCAUUCCUUAUUCUCUUCUAUCUCGUUGUUCAUCUGAAGCUUCCAAUAGCUUGAGGCCUUUGCUGCUGGAUGAUGCCCUUUUUGGGAGCAUCUUGUCUCUAACCUUUAAAAGAGGGGUCAAUCCUCAUGAUCCCCAUGUGUUAAGCAUAUGCUUUGCAGGUGCUCACACUACACUUACAACUCGCUUCUUGAGCUGUGUCUCUACUCCAGGCUCUGUUUUGUGUAUUUAUCUGCCAUUUGCAUCAUGGUUUUUAAAAUUUAUGAUUAUUAUUAUUAUUGUUGGGACAGGUGCCAUUUAAAUUGCCUCCAUGCUCCCCAUUUGCACCUAGCUGGAUCAAGUUGGGAGGCUGAGCAAACUCAUAUUCCAGUUAGUUGGAGUUUUUAAAGGCUCUGUUUGCCUGGAGAAGCAAGGAGGUUAGAAUGUAUUUUUUUUAAGCGUUUGCACUAUUUAGAGUCCUAAGCCCCUCAUGUUCAGCUGUGCUGUGUUUCUACUGACCAAGCAGGAGAGCCAGCAGCACUUCCAGCAUUUGGGAAUGGAAGAGAUUUCUUCUGCAGUGGAUAAUUACAGCCUCAUAGCCCCUGUGCAGCCUUCGUCAUGGGACUCAGUGACUCAUGGAUAUAGCAUCAGCCAUGGCAGGAAUGCACAGGACUGUGGCAUUUGCAGCAUCAAAUCACCCUAGUGCCAUGUUUGGUUAUGAGAUUGUAAAUUAUUCGCUCCCCCGUCCUCCCCUCCCCUCAUUUUCAGUGGGAAUAGAGGACCCUUGUUGUACUUCUUGUUUAAUUUGCAUAUUAUGUGUAAAAUACUUUCUUUGAAAGAAAACUGAAGACACUGAAUGUGUAUGUCUGUGUGGGUGCUCUGUCCCUGUGGUUGUCAUAGCCAGUCAGACUUGAUCACUGACACCCCGUACAACAUAUUGCAUAGGUGAGAUCCUCGAUCUGGUGUUCUCUGCAUGGCUGUUAGGGACUGUAUAUCUUGUAAAAGAACACUUAUCACAUGCUUGAUCAGUUACAGCAAUAGCUGAAGAAACAUUUCCUCAAAUGUAUUAUUUUAACAGGAAUCAUGUUCUAAUUUCCCAUCCUUUAAUUUUAAUAAAAGCUGAACUGUGUGAACUUU